GCAUUUGACACAGAAGUUAGUUCGCUGACUAUAUUUUUAGCAAUUUGUAUUUUGUUAAAAAAAGUAAUACAGUAUAAUAAAUAACUGCAGAAGAAACGUAGAAAAUUAUCCAGAUGGCAACACUUAAGCCGAAACAGAAAUGUAAAUAACGUGAGUGCAAUGACUGGCUUCUUGAUUUGAAAACAAUCAAUUUCUGAACUUUUAAAAUAUUUCAAAUAUUUAAAAAAAAGAUAAACCAAAAAUAAAUUAGUUAGCGAGAUGCAAGAUAUAUCAGGAAUAAAACGAGAACCUUAUUAUGAUUAUUCUCCUCAUAGUUAUGUUACUGUUAUUCCAGUGGAAUAUUCAUGUUCAUCUGAUGCAUCGAGUAUAGCAGGGCAUAUGAGACAAUCGGACGAAUCAAGGUUAUCAGAAUGCGAUACACCACACAGACUUGCAUCCAGUUACAGAUCGUUACAUACCGAGCACAUUCCUCAUCAACCUUCUGUUAACCGUUCUUUUCACUCGUGCUACCCAUCCAGCAGCAGUUCUUCAGAAUGGAAUGAUGGAAGUAGCAGAACACAGAACAAAAGACAAGUUUGUGUUUUCCUAAUGAACAAAGUUGGACUCUGCUUAGACGUUGAAAGAAUACAACAAGUGACUGCUCAGAAUUUAUUAGAUGUAAUUUUUGAAGAUGAUCAAGAAGUUGGACUUCCAGUAAAAGCGAGAGAAAUAUUUUCAUUAUGGAUCACGUCUCCUCUUUUAGAAUUACAAUUGAAACCUCAUCAAAAACCAUUUUGUAUUCGUCAACAGUGGACAGAAUUGCUGAGGAAGUAUACUACAGCUAAUGGUCAAAAAAUUGAAAUGGAUGAACCAAUAUUAUCUUUUCAACGUAAUGUAUUUUUUGAUAGAAGAGAAGAAAUAAGAAUUGAUGACAUGAAAAUAAUGGAACUAUUGUACGAGGAAGCCAAAGCAAAUAUUCUAGAUGGAAGAUAUCCUUGUGAAAUAGAAGAUUGCGAAGUGUUAGCUGGAAUUCAAGCACGUCUUGAAUUAGGUGCAUUUGAUAUUCAUAUACACACACCUAAUUAUUUUAGAACGAGACUACAAGAUUAUCUUCCUGCUCACGCCUGCAAAAGAGGAUGGUCGUUCUUUGGUUUUGGUUCAAAAACUGGCCCAGAACAUAGAAUAAUCGAAAAGUAUAAAAAUAUAUCAUCUAAUACGACAACAUACAAACUUUUAAGAAAAUAUUUAGAAUUUUGUUGGGCCCUUCCUUAUUAUGGGAGUGCAUUUUUUCAAGGACAAGUGGAAAGAUCGGUGAAAGGUAUAUCAGCAUUAAUUAAUCAUUAUGACAUGCCAAUAUUAAUUGCUAUCAACAGAGAAGGAAUUCAUUUGAUUAAACAUAAUGAAGCUGUAGUUUUAUUAAGUUUGCAUUAUCAGCAGUUUUCUUGGGAUUAUGCUAGUCCACUUCAAGCCAACAAUUCAGAUUGUUUACCUUGCCUUUUUAUACAGUUUCAUAUGCCUGGUACAAGAAGACAGGAAUCUAAACUACUGCAGAUAUUUUCUCGCCAGGCAUUUUUAAUGGAUAAGUUAAUAUGUGCUUUUGUAGAAGAAUUGAAGAAGCAGAAUCCUUGGAGAGAUCAAGUAGAUCAUUUAUCGGCAACAGAUCCACCGGAAGACGAUGUGUUUCCCAUAUCUCCAGCAAAGCUGUAUUCGGAAUUAUCUCUAACAAGAAACUUGAAGCGAUUAAGUUUGGCAACGUUUAAUGAAACAGGUGAAUAUUUUUAGUAAUAAAUAAAUUCUUAUUUAUAAGAUGGAAACUACACUGAUUACAAUACUGUUAAAUGGAAGUCACUUUGUUAUAUCUCCAAGAAAAUAGAAUAAAAAUAUAUUACAAUGAUUGAAAAGAUAAAGUGAAAUAACUGUAAAUUAAAUAUUUCUUAAUAUCUGUGGUUGGAAAUUGUUUUUUUAACAGUUCUAAAAGCAUUUAAAAAUAGAUGGCUGGGGCAGUUGAAGUGUCAGACUACAGCUCUAGGGAUUUGAGAUUGAAUUUGAGCAAACAACCCUAGGAAUCUUUUGGAGGGUAGCCCAACCUCAAUAUGUUGGGCUCUGUCACUCGUCACCUACUGCCCCCACUGUGGAUCUGGCACAACCUGUAAUGGACAUGGGGAAAAAGGCCCUGUUGGUGUUUACAGUUAAGAAAGAGAAAAAAAUUAAAAGAACACUUAAAAUAAUUUAAAUAAAUGUAAAUGUGAGUACGGCUCAUUUUACAAAUCUUAGCAGGCUGUAAAAACGCACAAUAGCAAGUACCAGUGUACUUUCUUAGUGAAGGGAAUGAAUUGUUUGAUGAAUCUGUGACAAGGUAACUGUGUAUUACCAAAAAAAGGAUUCUAGAACUUUUUAAAACUUUAAAGUUACAAUUGAGAGCAAUGCAUUGUAUGUCCAAGAUAUAUAAAGCAAUCUGUAAUAUAAUUUUUGAAUUAUUUGCUUUCUAUUUUCGACAUUUAAAUUUUUUAGAUCUUACAAUUUCUUAAACCCAGGUUUAAGCUUUUUAAGAAGUCGCAGAAAAUGUUUACAAAUGAACAUUUUCAAGGCUACUUAAACUUUAUUUUCAAAUCCCCAACUUAUAAAAGAUCAAGUUUCAAACCUUUUUUGAA